UAUGGUUUUAGGUUAAAUAUUAUACCGGUAAGUGUUGUGUAAAAAGUGUUUGUUUUAUUAUAUUAAUUUAGUGUUAAGUGUAUAAAAACUGUAUAAUCAUGCCUGCUUGGGAUUCUUUCGAGUGCCUUAACUGUGAUACAUUUUAUAACAUCAAAGUUAAAGACGAUUUGAAUCGCAUAUUUUACUCCAAUGGCUUGUUUGAUGUGCAACUCAUUCAAUUGAAAAACACAAAAUGUUAUAACAAUUUACUUUACCUUGAAGUCGAGCUUUUUAUGAAACUAGUUGUUAAAGCAUGGAAACAGAUCGAAGAGGUGAUUUUUUCGGACUACAUUUCCCCAGUGUCUCAAACUAUGAACUUGCGCGGAGAAAUAGUAAACAUACUGUUAAGUUUUCAAGAAUGUUUGCUCAUAAACAGAUAUGAAAACAAUUUUUUGGAAAUACAAGACCAACUUUACAAAUCGCUUAAUUUAAUUAAAAAGUCUGUAUUUCCUAUUCACAAACUAAAUGAAAGGUGCUUAAAGAAAAUCAUUCAUGCCAAAUAUGAACGGAAAUCUCCUGCUUAUGUUUUUCUGCAUAGUUACUUAGACCUCCAGUGGUUGAUACUAUCGAUAGUGUUUUUGGCAUCCAAAAAUGAAGAAGACAUAAGAAUUCAGCUUACAAACAUAUUUAAAGAUUUAAUAAAAAUUUCUUAUAGCAGUCACAAUUUUUUUCACAGCAAUUCGUAUACUUUUGGAUGUUUGUGUAUUAAGAAAAUGUGGCUGAAACUACAGUUAUUUACUGAAAACUGCGGUAUAUCAUUUUGGGAUGUGUUAAAUCCUGUUUUAAACUAUGAUGAAGAAUUCUCCCUGUGGUUAAUUUUAAACAUUGCUUCACUACAAGGAAUAAACAAAGAUAUGGAAUUUGUGGGAGCAAACAGUGAUAGAAUUAAACCUAAUUUUCCAAUUGUUGAAUCUCAAUUAAAAUCAUUUCUAAAAAAAUCCAUAGACAAUAAGGAAUUUCUCAAGUUAUUAAAGCAUGUAGAUAAUUUAUUGAAUUAUUGGUGGAUAAAUCAUGCCAAAAUAGAUUUGUAUCAAAUAUUGUGGGAUUAUUUCAACAAGAAGUUAAAUAGUUCCUUUACAAACGAAAAACCCUUUAAAUGUAUUCAAGCUUUCGUUAACUUUAUUGACCAGUUAGUAUCAGAAAAGUUCCAUUCAUGUACAAGUUCAUAUGAUUAUUUUUUGCAUAUGUUAGCUAAACAUUUACAAAAUAAUCCUAAUCACUGGCCUCGAAUAAAAGGGAGAAUAUAUUCCCGAUUGCCUUUGCAUAAAAUCAACGAAUUUAAUGAAUUUGGAUUGUACCACAUAAUAAUAUUGUUCCUUUCUCUUCAUGAAAGUGUGAGUUUUGAAGAAAUCACUUCAAAAUUAUUACAAUUUUUAGAAAAUGUCUCACCUGAUCGUCGCAAUUCUGCCUUAAUUUGGAAUACUUACUUAAUGUUGAUAAUAUUUCAUGAGAGAAAGAAAUUAUCUUUGGAAACAGUAGCUCAACCAUUGGUUCAACUUGCUGAAUACUCUUCAAAUAACAGAAGUCUGUAUCAUUUGCUCAAGCUUUAUGUAGAGGGUAUGAAGUAUAUAUUUAAUAUAAAUUACGGAAAUUAUCGAGGAAAAAUUGUCCUCUUAAGCAGUUGGAUGUAUAAAUACAUGUUACACUGUAAACAAGAAGAACUAAUCGUUUUAUUGAACUUUUUAUGCAAUAUGGUGCGCAAAAUUCAGGAGUGUGACGAGUGGCAACCAUGGGAAAAUGUUUUUCAAAUAAAUGUCCUUCCAGGGCUCAGACAAAUAGCUCUAACUCCAGACGUUCCUGUACAGGUUGGGGAGUUGGUUGCUUUGAUAUGCAAAUACAGUAAAGAUUUAUCGAAAGAAUAUGUUCGCCAGUUUACUAAAGAAACGAUUACACCAAGAAUAACAAUUCAGUUUAUCAGUUUUUAUUUAAACGAAAAUAGUGACACGCAAAUUUUGCCCAAAGAUGAAGAAAUAUCAAUAUUACAGGCAUGGAUUCGAUGCAGUCUUAUAACGACCAAUUCAAAUACAAAUUUAUCUAGAAAGGUCUUAAGACUAAAGACAUUUUCUUCCUGUGGUAUUUCAUCAAAUUGCGAUUCCUUACACUCGUUCAUUAAAAGUUUAAGUCUGAAUAUCGUGCCUCAUUCGAGUAAUGCAUCAUUGAAAGAAGUUUGUGAGAUUUGUUUCGGACAUGCAGACACAUGGAUAGAAAAAAUUAUCAAGAUGCCCACUUCUGAAGAGUUACUAGUACAUAUUUAUGCCAUGUUUGGAGUCCUGUUUUACCACUGCUCAGUUCUUCUUUAUAAUAAAGCAAAAUCAAACUGUUUGUUGAGUCGUUUAACUAAUACAUUGCUUUUGCCAACUGAUUUUCUCAAAGGAAAAGUCCCUCAUAAUUUUAUUUUGAAUGCGCUUCAAAGAACAUGGCACUUAUUUGUACAGGGAAUAUUCCAACUUGAUUGUGGGAAUGACCUAUACCUGGAAAGACUAAUGAAAGACUUAAUUGUACGUUAUUUACCCCAUCUGCCAGUAAAUUCUUCUCCAAUAUUUAAAUGCAUUGAAAAUGAAAAACUUUGCGUCUUUAUUUUUGAAAAAAUUUGUACAGGAUUUCUAUCGCCAAAUUGUAAAUCAAUGGAAACAAGAGAGCAUAAGUCGCAAGAGGUCUUUUUCAAAGUACCAAUUUUUAUCGCGUAA